UCUUGCCUUGAUGAUUUGGUAACAAUUUAUUUCCUCAAUUAGAAUAUUUUAUAAAUGAAACAAAUUUCUACAGAGGUUUUAGAUCUCAAUGCACUUCCCCCCCUCGAUGAAGCUCCAUUAAUGGCGGUCCAUCAUGAACAAGAAGAGUCGGUUGCUUUAGCUGAGGAACUGAACAGAGCAAAAGCUGAGAACAAAAAGCUGACCACAACACUGACUGCAGUCUACCGGAGCUACAAUUCUCUGAGAAGCAGUUUGGCCGACUUUGUCUCAAGGAAUCCUCCUCCGGUGCCGGAAAACAUUGCCGGAGUAGCCCGGAAAAGAAACAGCUUGGGUGAUGAUGAUGAUUCAUCCAAGAAGAUUGUGAAGGCCAAACUCACAACUGUCCUGGUUAAAACCGAAGAAUAUAUAGUGAAGGAUGGAUAUGUAUGGAAGAAAUAUGGGCAAAAGUUUACAAGAAACAACCAAUGUCCAAGAUCUUACUUCAGAUGUUCUUUUGCUCCUAAUUGUCCGGUUAAGAAAAAGGUACAAAGGAGUGUGGAUGACAAGUCAAUUUUGGUUGCUACAUAUGAAGGAAAGCACAAUCACCCUCAACCAAAUAUUUGUCCCCCAAUUAGACAGACAGUGAAGUCACAUGAUCUGCCCGGCCCAUUACCAUCUGUUGAAUAA